CUCGGAGGGGAGAGUGACACCUAUUGAGUGCUAUCGGUAAUAUUUCUACUGGCCUUACAAGACUACUAACUUUGUAGAUGAGAAACUGAGUUAAUAUUUACUGAAUCCUCCGGGGUCACACGGCGUUGAAGUGGCUUCGAGCCAAUUCCCUCGGACUAUCCUAGGCCGCAGCCUCAGGCCCCAGGUUCCUCCCUCUCCAUCUGAAACAGCCCUUGACCCCUUCCUGCCCGGUGCCAAGGGAGUUUUGACGGACGGCCCAAAAGAGGCUCCGGCUUUGUUGCUCCGAGAGGUAACAAGCAGGGAAGCAUCUAGUCAAGCCGACAAGAAUCUGCACGGAAAUUCCCUAACAGUAUACGCUUGUGCGCACGCGCGGGCAUGCACAUGGGCGGGGCUUCUAUCUCAGGUCCCGCCCAGCAGUCAUGCAUUUCCUCUUCCGAUGAAAGGCGGGACCGGGCGCCCGCCCGCGGGAAACCUGGGUGAGCGGUGCUCCGUUAAAUUCAGCUGCGGGAAUGGCCAGGUUGAGGAGCGUGGUCCUGCGGCCGUGGAUUCGAGAGCUGGUUCUGGGAUUAGAGAGACUCUCCAGUCCACGGGCAGGGCAGCUGCUUCAGGUGCUGCAGGAGGCUGAGGCCGAGGCCCCAGGCCCGUCCUGCGCCCCUGACACGUCUGAUGUCGGGGCCGCGUUGCUUGUGUCCGACGGAACCCACAGUGUCCGAUGCCUGGUGACGCGGGAAACUCUGGACGCCUCGGACUGGGAAGAGAAGGAGUUUGGUUUCCGAGGGACUGAAGGCCGGCUGCUGCUGCUGCAAGACUGCGAGGUCCGAGUCCAAGUGGCAGAGGGCAGCUUGCCAGCGGAGUUCUACCUCCAGGUGCACCGCUUCAGCCUAAUGCCCACGGAGCAGCCCCGGGAUUGGGUGAUUGGUUGCAACCAGGACCCAGAUGUGCAGAAAAAGCUCAAAGACUGCCUCGAGGAGCACCUUACAGAGUCGGCCUCCUCCAAUGCAGGUAAGUGGGGGUUGAUCCUAACUCUCUGUAGAGUGACUUUCCAGCUAUCACCUCCUGCUCUUUUAGUAAGCCUCUUCCCCACCCACCCUACCCUUAUCUUUGAACUUCAGCCCACCCCCUGCCCCCUGACUCUAGGCCUUUCACUGACCCAACUUCUGGAUGAGGUGCAGGAAGAACAGGAGCAUCAGGGGGCACUAGUGCACCUGGCUGAGAGCUGUCUGAUGCUGGCAGGCCCUUGCACAGCACCCCCGCUCACCCGUUGGGCCACCUCAAGCCACUUGGCCAUGGGAGAAGCUGUGUACACUGUCCCCAGCCUAUGGCUACACAUCUCUGAGAAUGACCAGCAAAUCCUGAACUCUCUGGGCCCAGGUCAGAGGACACAGGGCCCUGAGCUGCCCCCAUCAGACCCCGCUCUUCAGGACCUGUCGCUGACCCUGUCCUCCUCUCCUUCCUCACUCAGUUCCUCAGGAAAUCCUGCCUUACGCAGCCACAUAUCAUCACAGGAAAGUGGUGCCAGCGUCAGCCUUCUGCCUGCCGAGUCCUUGGCUGCUCUAGACACGGGGCAGAAGGGCAGCUCCCAGUCCCAGCCAGCCAUCUGCUCAACCCCCCACUCCCUACCCCGUAGUUCCCCACAUCCCAGCCAUGUAACCAACUCCCCACUCCUGAGUUGUACCCCAAGUCUGUCACCUCUUGGUCACAUCCCCAAUUCACAUCAGGCUGAUGUGACCAGGCCCCAGCCCCAGAAAUCUAGACUGGAGUUCAAGGAACUAGGGUUGCCCCCCAAGAACUGGCAACAUUCUCCACGGAUAAGAACCACUGAGGGAGUCCUGGAGUCCAGUCCUGUCUGGGACCCCCCAAAGAAGCAUCGAGAUGGUUCCGCCUUCCAAUAUGAGUACGAUCCACCCUGCACUUCCCUCUGUGCCCAGGUCCAAGCUGCCAGGCUCCCUCCCCAGCUCCUGGCCUGGGCCUUGCAUUUUCUGAUGGAGCCACAGCCGGAAUCCAAGCAAACCCAGGUGUGAGGGGUCAUGUGACCACGUAGGAGAAUGUGCAUAUAGGUCUAUGUCUCUGAGUGGACAAACAGUGCUCCACACUCUGCUUCAAGUUUUUUAAUAAAAUAAUCUCAUGCGGC